AUGGUGAACCUAGUAGCAGCACAGAAGCCAUUAUUACUUGGCUUGAUGAAAAUGGCUGGCAUUAGACCUCACACCAUAGAAAUCGAACCAGGCACCGUGAUGAACAUUUGGAUUCCCUGUGAAACCCUAAAAAAGACCAUGAAAAAGUCCCAAAAAUCCACCACCGAAUACCAAGUCACAAAACCUAAACCUACCAAACCAGUUGUAGUACUCAUUCACGGAUUUGCAGCCGAAGGUAUUGUCACUUGGCAAUUCCAAGUAGGUUCCUUGGCAAAAAAGUACUCGGUUUACGUGCCGGACCUCUUGUUUUUCGGCGGCUCCACUACCAACAGCCCUGACCGGUCACCGACUUUCCAGGCAGAGUGUCUUGUAAAGGGUCUGAGGAAGCUGGGGGUUGAGAGGUGCACCGUUGUAGGGUUCAGCUACGGUGGCAUGGUGGCGUUUAAGAUGGCGGAGAUGUACCCGGAAUUUGUAGAGGCCGAGGUGAUUUCCGGCUCUGUCCUGGCCAUGACUGAUUCUAUAAGUAAUGAGACACUCGAAAGCCUGGGAUUUUCUUCAUCUGCACAGCUCUUGUUGCCUAAUACAGUGAAGGAAUGUAAGGCACUUCUGAAAGUUGCUGCUCACAAGAAACUUUGGUUCCCUAAUCGCCUUCAUAAAGAUUUUCUUGAGGCGAUGUUUAACAACAGAAAAGAAAGAGCUGAAUUGCUUGAAGGCCUGGUGGUUAGCAACAAAGAUAUUGUCAUCCCAAAAUUUCCACAGAGAAUACAUCUUCUAUGGGGUGAGGAGGAUCAGAUUUUCAAGCUGGAACUUGCUCAAAACAUGAAAGAGCAGCUAGGAGAUAAGGCUACUUUUGAAGGCAUAGAGAAAGCAGGUCACCUGGUUCACAUAGAGCGCCCUUGCGUCUACAAUAGGUGUCUCAAGAAGUUCUUUGCUUCCCUAUAUUAA